UGUAGAGGGAUUUUCUUGAGAGGUUAAAAUGAGCAGGUUGGGCUUUUACUCAUUUAGAAGAAUGAGAGGCAAUCUUAUUGACACAUGCACGAUGAGGGGACUUUAUACACCGAUACAGAAAGGUUGCACUCCCCUGUUGGAAAGACCAGAGGGCACAAACUCGGGGUGCACAUUUAAGACAGAGAUAAGGAAGAAUGUCAUAUCUCUGAAGCUAGGAAAUCUGCAGAAGUCUUUAACCUCCAAGGGCUAUCUAGGCUGGGUCAUUAAGGGCUGAGAUAGAUGUCUAAUCAGUAUGGGAAUCAAGGAUGAUGGGGAAAAGGAAGGCAAGUGAAGCUGAUGGUAAUCAGAUCAGCAACACUAUAAUUGGAUAGUUCACCAGCUCUUACGGAGUGGACAGGUGGGAGGGACAUUCAAAUAAUAUUGACAAGCCGUUUGAGGGGCAAACACGCGGGAAGUCCAUAAUCCUGUUGAAGUAGCAAUCAGUGUCUGGCAUGUAGCUCUGAUCUUAUGAUCUCAACAUAUGUGUUUGUGUAAAAUGUAAAUGGAAAAGCGGUCUGCUCUGUGUGAUGAUUCAGAUAGUUACUAUUUGCUGAAUUCCCAAUUACAAACUCGCAUCACUGUGUUCACCUGGGCAACAGGUUUGGGUGGUCAAUAUUCACAUUUCCCAGCGAGGGUACGGGAAAACCAAUUCCAGCUCCACAACCCUCCCAAAGCCACGCAUUGGCAAUGCUGCCGCUGGUUUCCAGCUACCUCCGCCAGGCUGUAUCUCUGUCCCUGUAUCCCCGGGCCGGGCUCCCGCUCCCCCUGUAUCCCCGGGCCGCUAUGUCCGUCUCCAUCCAGCUCCAGCCCAGCCCCCGGUGCCUGUUCGAUGAGCCGCUCGAGGUGAGAGUGAGCGGCCUCUCCCCGCUCCAACAGGUCACCCUCAAGGCUUGGCUCCGCGACGAGAAGGAGCAGCUUUUCCAUUCGGCCGCUUUCUACACGGCGGACCCCCGCGGGCAGCUCGACCUGGCUCACUCCCCCUCCCUGGGGGGACACUACACCGGCGUCCAGCCCAUGGGCCUCUUCUGGUCGCUCAGCCCCGUCACUCCGUUCACUCGCCUGGUCAAGAGGGACGUCGCCACUUCUCCCCUGUCCGUCCACAUCGAGAUCUUUGAGGGACACUGGAGCCUCGGGCAGCUCCCAGCGCAGCCUCUGGCCACCGCCAUCAAUCAGCGCUGGUUCAUGAAGGAAGGGCUGCUCAGGAUCCCAGUCAGAGAAGGCAGGAUCCGAGGGACACUCUUCAUCCCACCCGGAAAUGGGCCAUUUCCAGGGGUGAUUUCUGUGAAUGAAAUAAAAGGCGGAUUGUUAGAAUACAGAUCCAGUCUGUUGGCAAACCAUGGUUUUACAACACUAGCGUUAGCCUACCAUAAUUACGAUGACCUUCCAAAAGGUGUGAUUAACUUGGACUUAGGAUAUUUUGAAGAAGCUGUACAUUUUUUGAAGCAACAUCCAAAGGUUAAGGGUCUUGGUGUUGGAGCAAUUGGAAUAUCAAAGGGUGCAGAUUUGGUUCUCUCGAUGGCCGCCUUUUUACCAGAUGUGCGAGCAGCCGUUGUUAUCAACGGAUGCAUUACAAGUGCUGAGUUUGGAUUGUCCUUCAAAAAUAAACUAAUUUCUACUGGUCUGCGUCAUACUGUAAGCCGAAUGAAGAUUGCAGAUUCAGGAGUUGCAGACGUGUCAGAGGUUAUUAAUGAAGUUGACAAGGGCAGUAUAAUCCCGAUAGAAAACACCAAGGGAACCAUCCUGUUCAUUGCUGGAGAAGAGGAUAAGAACUGGAAUAGCAAGCACUAUGUUGAUGAGGCUGUAAAACGACUCAAAGAACAUGGCAAUGAUAGGUUUGAGGUCCUCCAUUAUCGAGGAUCUGGACAUUACCUGGAACCUCCAUUUUUCCCCUUUUGUUAUGCCUCUUAUCACUCUGUGCUGAACAUCUGUACAAAGUGGGGAGGAAAUGCCAAGGACCAUUCAUCUGCUCAGGUGGAAUCGUGGCAAAAAAUUCAAGCAUUUUUCCGAAAGAUCCUACACCAAUAGAGGGCAGCAAAGAGGAAACUCAGAAAAUGCUGUACCAUCUUGGCAUACUGACAUCAUGAAGAUGUCAUGUUACUGUUUGAGUAUUAGCUACCAUUAAUUUUGUAUUUGCUUUGCAUUAAAUCAUGGACCUUCCAAAUUUUAAUCUUGCUAUGAAAUUUAAUUUAAUGCCUUUUUGGGGUAAAUUUCAAAUAAGAACAAUGAUUAAUUUGGCUGAUGCAUUUUCACAGUCAUUUUUGCACCAUAGUGACUAAUGGCUAAACUCUAAUAAUCCUGGCUGAAUGUUAACAUGUGGGUUGUGUCAACUGUCCGUAAAUCAUUCUACCUUGGUAAAUCAAAACAAUCUAUUUCUAACUUUUCCUUUCUCCUACCAACCAUGCAGUGAUCUAUUCACUUCAUUUCUGCAGGGACCAACUGGAUCAAUGCACUUACUUACUUCUGCUGUUAAUUUAAAAAGUAUUGUAUUAAAAAUAACUUAUUCAUAUUUCAUUGACUGAUUUAGAUUUUAUGAGCUUAAUGGUGAAGGUGAAUGUCAAACUUUAUCUGUGGCUAUGCUGUAACUAAAUGUUAAGAUUGAUUUUGUUGACAGUCAAAUGUAGUUGUGUUUCUUAUACUAUGCUACAGAUAUUAAAUAAAUUAGCUAUUCUUAGUGUGUAA